GCUUGACGCGUCGCAAUUAUAACGGUUCCCUAAUCUGAUAGGUAUAUCUUCUUCGUUUCUCAAGAGAGAGAGAGAGAGAGAGAGAGAGAUGGCGUUUCAUCUCUCAUCCACUGCAGUGGCCUCCUCAGCUUUCCUAGUCUGCUCUCUGUACUCCCCAAAGCACUCACACUUGAAGUCAGUUGGGUUUCAUGUAAAAUCCGGGUUGGAAAAUGAGAUCAACGUUUCAGACCCUUCAUCAGAACCAAUCAACAUGAAGGGAUCUCAGACACAAACUUCGCGACGGAAUUGUUUGAAGUGUUUAUGUUCAGCUAUAGCUUUGAUAAACAUUAGCAGUUCUGUUUCUGGACCAAAGGCGGCAAUUGCCCUGGAUGGAAAAGAAAGACCCGUCUGUCGGAACUGUAGUGGUAGUGGUGCUAUAAUAUGUGACAUGUGUGGUGGUACAGGAAAAUGGAAGGCUCUCAACAGAAAACGGGCCAAAGAUGUUUAUGAGUUCACUGAAUGUCCAAAUUGUUACGGUCGAGGGAAACUUGUGUGUCCUGUUUGUUUAGGUACUGGUUUGCCAAACAACAAAGGUCUUCUUAGGAGGCCCGAUGCACGACAAUUGCUUGAUAAGAUGUAUAAUGGUCGGCUUUUACCAAACUCUUAGUGGCCUCACUUUUAGAGUAUACAACCUCAACAAGAUGGAACAAGAAGCUGCAGCAAUUGUAAAUAUGGUAAAUUUAUACCAUGCACAACACACGUGGAGAUCCAAGCGAGUGUCCUAAAUGUAUUUUUCUGUAGUAUGAUUGUUUAGGCUCUCUCUCUCUCUCUCUCUGUAAUUGUGGGUUGGUGAAUUGCCUCUAUUUGAUUUACACAACAGUCACCUGUUAAGGUUUAUGCAAUACAUAGAUACUGGCCUACUACGUCUUCUGCUCAA